GUUUCACACACCUCAGGAACACCUUUCGGCUGCCUGCUCCCCAGACACACCUGCAGCCCUGCCCAACCGGCUUUGCUCACCCACCGCUUGUAAAUGCCCCAGAUAUGAGCCAGCCCAGGCCCCGCUACGUGGUAGACAGAGCCGCAUACUCCCUCACCCUCUUUGACGAUGAGUUUGAGAAGAAGCAGCGGACAUACCCAGUAGGAGAGAAACUUCGCAAUGCCUUCAGAUGUUCCUCAGCCAAGAUCAAAGCUGUGGUGUUUGGGCUGCUGCCUGUGCUCUCCUGGCUCCCCAAGUACAAGAUUAAAGACUACAUCGUCCCCGACCUGCUUGGUGGACUCAGCGGGGGAUCCAUCCAGGUGCCACAAGGCAUGGCAUUUGCUCUGCUGGCCAAUCUUCCUGCAGUCAAUGGCCUCUACUCCUCCUUCUUCCCCCUCCUGACCUACUUCUUCCUGGGGGGUGUGCACCAGAUGGUGCCAGGUACCUUUGCCGUUAUCAGCAUCCUGGUGGGUAACAUCUGUCUGCAGCUGGCCCCAGAGUCGAAAUUCCAGGUCUUCAACAAUGCCACCAAUGAGAGCUAUGUGGACACAGCAGCCAUGGAGGCGGAGAGGCUGCACGUGUCAGCUACGCUAGCCUGCCUCACUGCCAUCAUCCAGAUGGGCCUGGGCUUUGUGCAGUUUGGCUUUGUGGCCAUCUACCUCUCCGAGUCCUUCAUCCGGGGCUUCAUGACGGCCGCAGGCCUGCAGAUCCUGAUUUCGGUGCUCAAGUACAUCUUCGGACUGACCGUCCCCUCCUACACAGGCCCGGGGUCCAUCAUCUUUACCUUCAUUGACAUUUGCAAAAACCUCCCCCACACCAACAUCGCCUCGCUCAUCUUCGCCCUCAUCAGCGGUGCCUUCCUGGUACUGGUGAAGGAGCUCAAUGCUCGCUACAUGCACAAGAUCCGCUUCCCCAUCCCUACAGAGAUGAUUGUGGUGGUGGUGGCAACAGCUAUCUCCGGGGGCUGUAAGAUGCCCAAAAAGUAUCACAUGCAGAUCGUGGGAGAAAUCCAACGCGGGUUUCCCACCCCGGUGUCACCUGUGGUCUCACAGUGGAAGGACAUGAUAGGCACAGCCUUCUCCCUAGCCAUUGUGGGCUACGUCAUCAACCUGGCUAUGGGCCGGACCCUGGCCAACAAGCAUGGCUACAACGUGGAUUCGAACCAGGAGAUGAUCGCCUUGGGCUGCAGCAACUUCUUUGGCUCCUUCUUUAAAAUUCAUGUCAUUUGCUGUGCGCUUUCCGUCACUCUGGCUGUGGAUGGAGCUGGAGGAAAGUCCCAGGUGGCAAGCCUGUGUGUGUCUCUGGUGGUGAUGAUCACCAUGCUGGUCCUGGGAACCUAUCUGUAUCCUCUCCCCAAGUCUGUGCUAGGAGCCCUGAUUGCUGUCAAUCUCAAGAACUCCCUCAAGCAACUCACCGAUCCCUACUACCUGUGGAGGAAGAGCAAGCUGGACUGCUGCAUCUGGGUAGUGAGCUUCCUCUCCUCCUUCUUCCUCAGCCUGCCCUAUGGUGUGGCAGUGGGUGUCGCCUUCUCCAUCCUGGUUGUGAUCUUCCAGACUCAGUUUCGAAAUGGCUAUGCACUGGCCCAGGUCAUGGACACUGACAUUUAUGUGAAUCCCAAGACCUAUAGUAGGGCCCAGGAUAUCCAGGGGAUUAAAAUCGUCACUUACUGCUCCCCUCUCUACUUUGCCAACUCAGAGAUCUUCAGGCAAAAGGUCAUUGCCAAGACAGGUAUGGACCCCCAGAAAGUAUUACUAGCCAAGCAAAAAUACCUCAAGAAGCAGAAGCGGAGAAUGAGGCCCACACAACAGAGGAAGUCUCUAUUCAUGAAAACCAAGACAGUCUCCCUGCAGGAGCUGCAGCAGGACUUUGAGAACGCCCCCCCGACUGACCCCAACAACAACCAGACGCCGACUAAUGGCGCCAGCGUGUCCUACAUCACCUUCAGCCCCGACAGCUCCUCGGCUGCCCAGAGUGAGCCACCGGCAUCUGCUGAGGCCCUUGACGAGCCCAGUGACACGCUGGCCAGCGUCCCGCCCUUCGUCACCUUCCACACCCUCAUCCUUGAUAUGAGUGGAGUCAGCUUUGUGGACCUGAUGGGCAUCAAGGCCCUGGCUAAGCUGAGCUCCACCUAUGGGAAGAUCGGUGUGAAGGUCUUCUUGGUGAACAUCCAUGCCCAGGUGUACAAUGACAUUAGCCAUGGAGGCGUCUUUGAGGAUGGGAGUCUAGAAUGCAAUCACGUCUUUCCCAGCAUACAUGAUGCCGUCCUCUUCGCCCAGGCAAAUGCCAGAGACAUGACCCCAAGACGAAACUUCCAAGGGGCUCCAGGGGACCCUGAGCUCUCCUUGUACGACUCAGAGGAGGACAUCUCCGGCUACUGGGACUUAGAGCAGGAGAUGUUCGGGAGUAUGUUUCACACAGAGACCCUGACCGCCCUGUGAGGGCCCCGCCAGUCCUCACGCUGCCUACAGAGUGCCUGGCACUUGGGACUUCCACAGAGGAGGAACCCGGGGUCGCAGGGAGUGUGGGGAGAAGGAAGGUGCACCCCCAGGGCCCGCAUUCCUCUCUCCUCUCCCCCUUUCUCCUCCCCUCCUUCCCUCCCUGCAUCUCCAGAGGGAGCCUCUCAGCAGCAGGGGGCGCUACCCUUACAGGAGUGAGAGUCUGGGCCAGUCUUCACUGGUCAGGCCCUGGCCACAGUGGGCAAGCCUCCUGACCACUCCACCCCACCCACCUCGGCCCUGUCCUUGGCAGCUGAAGGACACCUUGACUUCCAGCUUUUACAAGUGAGCCAAAAACAGAAGGACAAGUACAACUGUGCUGGCCU